AUUUAAUCAAUUUUAGCAAUGAGAAGGUAUCCUCCAAUAUAGUAUUAUAUUAGUAAAUAAGGGACAACAAUAUAAAAAUCAGAAAAAUCAAUAAGAAGUUAAUCUGAAUACUCAGAUCAUAAUACGAGUUAUACAACUACUAGAAAAGAUAUGUUAAGAGAAAGACUAGUUAAUUCAGGAGAAUAGGCUCGACUUGAAGAAUAUUUAAAAUAAAAAUUCAUUGAUGUAGGUUGGAAAGAUGAUUUAAAAAAUCAUGCUAAAUGUUUUAUUUAAUCAUAUUAUAUUUAGAAUUCAUUAGAGAGAAUGGACUUAAAAUUGUACAUAAAGAAGACUUAUAUAAAUUAUUAUCUGUAAAAGGAAAGGAAACAGUUCCAAUGAAAUUAAGAGAGGAUAUUGUUAGAAGAUUAGAAAGAUUUAUUAUUGAACUUGAAUAAGAAGAAGAAGGAGAUUAUGAAGAUGAAGAUGAUGCUUGAUUUUUCAAU